GAACUGGAAUUCUGUCAACUGGGUCAAAAUUAAACCACACCCCCUUCUUCAAACUCGCUGUAGGAGUAAUUGAUAUCUUCAUCAAAGUAAACGACUGGAAUAUUACCCGUUUCAACAAAUUAUAUACAAGUUUUGGGAACUAAAGAGACUCAAAGAAUGGGCACCAAACCCCCCCCUGCUAUUAGCUACAUCUACGGCUAGAGCAGAGGAAGAGGCAUUAAGGGGAAUAGGGGGGUCAUUUACUGUAGAAAUGGAGGAAGGACCAUGUACAGUAGAGAGCUGGAGGAAAUUGGAGUAGACAUGAGUGUGAGAGGUCUAGAUAAACUAGGUGGGUAGGUAUUUAUAUAUGAGGUAGAAGUGUAUUGACAGGCACACAGUUCAUAUACUCAUAUCAGCUGAGACCCAUUCGCUUAUAGACAGAGAGAUAGAGAGGGAUGGAGUGUGGAGAGAGUAUCCUGUGUGGGUCUGGGGAGCUGGAUCUGGACCCUGACAUUGUGAGUGAAGAGGCCGGGAAACUGUACUCAGAACUACAGACAGUGAUAGAGACCCAUGGCGUAGGGGUUGUGGAGUCCCUGGUGCCCAUCCUUGUAUGGGUCCUGGAGGGCCUGGCCAGCUGCAGAGCCCAGCUCAGAGAGAGGGAGGAGGAGGCUGAGAGAGAGAAAGGAGAGAGAGAUGAGCUGUUGGAGAGAUACCAGAGUGAGAAACUACUGAGGAGAGAGAGCCAGGAGCGGUAUCUGGAGUUGGAUGACCAGAUUGAGCAGGAGCGGAGGACGAUGAGGGGAAGAGAGAAAGAGAGAGAGAGGAGGGAAAAAGAACUGGAGAUAAAGGCCAGAGAGCAGGCUGACCAAUUGGUGGCCUUGGAGGAACAGAGGGCUGGACUGGGCAGAGAGUUGAACACACUGAAGCACACUCACAACAAGUUGGUGCUCAGUUAUAAGGAUCUGCUGGAGAGGAAAAGGGAUCUAGAGAGAGAGGGAUCUCCACUAAGUAACCAUGUGCGCUCCAAGAAUUCACAAUCUACCCAGGGCCAGUCAGAAUCCUGUGUUAGCGGGCAGGAGCUAACUGAUCAAAGGCCAGAAACACCUCCUAAUUCUUUCCUGUUGGAAGAACCGGUAACCAAGGACGAUAGAGGGAUUGACAUUGUCGUAAAGCCAGACAGAGAUGCGUCCUUCAUCAAUGACAUCAUAAGCUCCACCCCUGAGCUGGCAAAGUUUCAUGGCCUUAUGAAGGCCAGCACCCCGGUCCGAGCAGACGCCAAAGAGCCAGUCAGAGACGAGACCAAGACCAGCAUGGGGGAAGAAAUUAAGGAGGUGGAGGAGAAGGAAGGAGAGGAGGAGGAGGAGAAAAAAGAGGAAGGAGCAAAGCAGGAGAAGGAGGAUGAGGAGGAGGAUAUGGAUAGUCUGGAAUGGGAGCUAAGGAACACGGAAUCUGUGUUCUCAGAGCUGUCAGAGCUGAGUCGGGAAUACAUAGAGAGUGUGGACCAGGGGGCCAGUGUCAGAGGCAGCACCGACCAGUUUGAGGAGAUUCUUUCUCAGUAUGAGGACCUGAAACACACCCAUGAGUUAGUGAAUGCGGCCCGGAAAGCACUGAUCUCUCGUGUGGAGGAGCUGACCAAUGAGAGGUCAGCUCUUAAGGUGGAGGUGACUUCCUGCCAGGAGACUGUCACCCGAUUGGAGGGAAGGAUGAAGGAGAUGGAGGAGGAAACCAAGAGACUUCGGAAAGAACUGGAAGCAAAUCAAUCAGAUGAUGAUUCCUCCCUGCCCAUAUCGCUGCGUCGGUUCUCUCGUUCGGAGAUGUCCCGUGUUGUCAUGGAGAAGAACCAGUAUAAGGAGCGUUUGUUUGAGCUGCAGGAGGCUGUAAGACGCAGUCAGGCCAUUCGGGCCACCCAAGAAGAGAGAAUCACGGAGAGAGAGAGGACUAGUGUGUGGAGAAGAUUCAACCGUUUGUUUGGCCUGAACAAGAACCCCUUGGUUCCAUCUGCUGCUCUAGCGCUGGCCCUGCCGACGUCCCCGUCCCUCACUCACUCACCAAUGGGGUCUCCACGGCAACUGGCUGUCAGUACGACUCAGACAGAGUACGUUGAUAUGAUGAUAAUGGGAUUACAUGUCUUUGGAGCUCUUUCCAACUGCUCAAAGUGCUUUACAUUUGGUGCCUCCCCUGCUACAGCCCUGUCUCCGCGGGUCAGGAGGAGGGAGCUGUACAGAGACAUCCGCUCCCAUGUCUGGGGAACCCUGGGAAAACGCCAGGUUCACGGCUGGAGCAUGCCGCUGUCACACACACAGGAUUCCUCAGAUCGGACCCCUGAGCCCAAAGAUGUGCCUGUCCUAGUGCAGCUCAGACUGCUGGACCAGAGAGAUUCUACAGCCAAGCUAAACUGUGCUGUUGCUGUCACACCUGAGAUCUCAGGCGAGACAACGUGUGCUGUGUGGGUGGUCUCUGGUCCCGCCUCCAGUAGUGAUGUCACAGUGAUCAACCCUGCACGGUCCAAUACGGUGCUGGAUCAGUUCAGCCUCCCGCCCACCUCGCCCGCCCUAUGCAUCUGUGCUGUGCCCCCUACUGGUGAGACCUCAGGAACUGUGUGGAUUGGAACUCAGGAAGGAAGUGUAUUGGUCCACUCCGCAUCCACAGCUAGGAGGCGCUGUCUGCAGUCUAUCUCUCUGUCUGAGGGUGUGCACUCUCUCACGUAUUCACAGGGUCAAGUCAUUGCUGGAUUUGCCAAUGGGACGCUUGCAUUCUUCUCGCACAACCCAGGUGGAUGGAAUCUCCAAUCACAUGAGGUUUUGCCUCUGGGAUCAACUCCACUGCAGCCCAUUCGCUGUUGCCUAGCGAAGGGGGCGUGCUUAUGGGUAGGAUAUUGGAAUCGGGUUCAUGUGGUCGAUGUCGAGAAUAGAAAAGUGGAGCAAACUUUAACCGUCUCGGAGCGCAGUGAGCAGCAGGUGCGUUUCCUGUGUGCGGCAGGAAGUGGUGUGUGGACGUCCUGCCGGCUCGACCCUACACUCAGGCUUUUCGAUUGGUCCACUGGCCGGCUCCUGCAGGAUGUGGAUCUCACCCCUCUGGUCACCAAAACACUGGGCCCUGCCUUCUUGUCUCUCUCCCCGCUGCAGAUCUCCUCCCUCACCGUCAUCUCUGGCCGGCUGUGGGUGGGAACAGGAAGUGGCGCCAUCUUCUCCAUCCCUGUGUCUCUCAGUUCAGAGUCUGCCUCUAUACCAUACUGCUCUUUGGCGGCAGCACAACUGUGUUACCAUGGACACCGCCAGGCUGUCAAGUUCAUCAUUGCUGCACCUGGCUGUGGGACCAGCUCCUCUACAAUAGGAGGCGGUGCUGUGACUCUAGUCUCUACCUCUCAGCUCAUCCUCAGUGGAGGAGAGGGCUACAUCAACUUCCGCAUCGGCGACGACGCGAAUGACGGCGCACCCGAAGCUGCCCCGCUGCGAUCAGACCGCAGUCACAUGAUCAUCUGGCAGAGCCCCACCCCCUCCCUGCCCAGCUCCGCCCUUUGACCACAUCCAGUCUAGAAUGAGACAAGGAAGGAUUAGACAGAGAUGUCAUACAAGAGACCAGGAAGUACAAAUGGGAGCCAUGUUUUAAUGGGCUUCAUUCACUAGGAGUUCCAUUUGGAUAUUUGUUCUAGAAUCUUGGGAUUAAAUUAAGACAUCACAGCUUAAUCCUUCUUGUCUCACUCUGUUAUCCAGUUGCUACCCUCAUCCCCUUGACUAAACCUUUCACCUGAUUAAGCCAGUCUCCUCGAUGUGUGCCUUAAUGUGAUUUGACAAUCGUUGCUGUGAGAUUGGUCAUUGUACAAUGUUUUGUGUUUUUUGUGAAACAUGUUUCCUCAUCAUGGUAAUCAUAUAUGGGCAGCAGGUAGCCUAGCGGUUAAGAGCGUUGGGCCAGUAACCCAAAGAUCGCUGGUUUCAAAACCUGAGCCGACUAGGUCAAAAAUUGGUCUGUGCACAUGAGCAAGGCGCUUAACCCUAAUUGCUCCUGUAAAUCGCUCUGGAUAAGAGCGUGUGCUAAAUGACUCAAAUGUAUAUAUCAUCAUCACUGUAGCAAAGUAUUUUACAGUAAGAGUCAUCAUCUCUGACUUUUGGUUGGUCAGUUAAGAAUAGUUUGGGUUUGUUUUAACCACAAAAGAUGCACACUCAGUAGCAUAUCAUUCCAUGACGUUGGCACAAGGUCAUUAUACCCUUGUUCAAACUUGUUUACAUUGAUACUGAGAUGUAGUGUUGAAGCUGCUGGGUUCCUAAUAACUAUUGUUGCAUAAGACCCUGGCCUUCAGUUCCCAUUGCAUGCUGGGUAAAUCUACAGCGUAAUUGCACUUUAUUAUCGUGUGUGUGUGUGUGUGUGUGUGUGUCUCUUAAAUCUUUUGAAAUGAUUGGCUAAUCCUCUUAAAGAUCCCAGAGAAAUUAUCUUAUGUCUGCUCGUCAUGACUUUGUGAAACACAAAUGGUUUGUUAAAACAAAAAAAUGUAAGUUUUCAUUUGCAGAGCGAUAAGGGAGUGGAAGCCUCAAAAGAUACUUAAAAGUAUUUUAUGCAGUAUUUGAAAGUGUGUUUAUGUGUGUGAUUCAUGUCUGAAAAUGUUAAUCAUAACUGGACUCUAUGCAAGAAUCUAUGUAUCUACUUAAAUCAUAUGAAAAAUAAACUUUGGGAAAUACUUUCAUAAAA